AUGGUUCGUAAAAAAUCCGUUGCAUCAAAAGCAAAAACCAGAAAGGAAUCUUAUAAACGACAACAAGAAAUUCGUUCAAAAAUUAGUCGAUCGUGGAGAAUAUUACUCGUAACUAUAAAAGCUAUCAAAAAAUUUUUACGUUUUAGACGUAUUGUUAAGAAUAAAUCGGAUAGCAAAAAAUGUGUGAAUAUAUCACAAAAUGAUCUUAUUGAUUCAAAUUGUUUUAAUUACAGAAACCAUAAAGAAAUAAAAAGUUGUUUUUAUAAUACAAUGCAACUACCAACAGAAAUUGAUGAUCAAAAAAUUAUAAAAGACAUUCUAAAUAAAAUUGUAUCAAGAGUCUCUCGUCUACAGAACGAACGCAUAAGACAGUGUAAAAAGAGAAAUAAUAAAAAACAAAUACAAAACGAAAUUAAUAAUGAAAGCUGUGAUGACAAUAUUAGUGAAAAAAAUAAUUUGACUAAGAAAAAAGCUUCAAGGAAAAUGGUCUUACGUAAAAAACCAUCUUCACGUUCAAAAAAAUUUUAUCAAAACAAAUAUAAGACUAAUAUUGCAUUUCGUGAUAAAGAAAAGAAAAGAAUUAAUUCAUAUAUUUCAAUGAAAUACCAUACAAGUCUAAAUACUCGAGAAAAAAUUAAAUCACAAUCAAAAAUUUAUUACUUUAACAAAUAUCGCGAUAAUUCAAAUUUUCGAGAUAAGGUUAAAACGCAAUCGAAAAUUACUAUUUUAAAAAAAUAUCACAGUGAUUCAGAUUUUCGAGAUAAGGUUAAAACACAAUCGAAAAUUACUAUUUUAAAUAAAUAUCACACUAAUUCAAAUUUUCGAAAUAAAUACAAAGCACGAAUGAAAACUGAAGUUUUAAAAAAAUACUAUACUAAUAAUUCGAUACGAUUGAAAAUGAUUCAAACCGCAUUGAAUUCGUAUCAUAUUAAUAAAACACUAACAACACAAAAGUCACGACAACUUUAUAAUCAACGUAGACGUAUCUUAAAAAAAUACAGUAACAUUGAAAGUCAUAAAUCUAUAAUAAAACAUAGUAACCUAUAUAUAGAUAAGUUAAAAGAAUUUCGAAAAAUUAUUCAAGAAGGACCUGACUACGUUUGUAUUUCAUGCGGAUUAGCCCUUUUCCGUCAUCAAGUAAUACCAUUCAUUAAAGAAAAAUAUUCAAAAGAAGGUAUCUUGAGUCAAAUAGAAAAACAUAUUCAAGUUAAUUUUAAUAAUAAUUCUUCCAUGCAACAACAAUGGAUUUGUAGAUUAUGCUCAGAUAAAAUCAAGAAACAGCAAUUACCUGCUCGAGCAAUUUCAAAUAAAUUGGAACUUUGUAAAAUUCCAUCUGAACUAAAAAGAUUAAACAAUCUUGAAAAACAUCUAAUUGCUUUACGAUUACCAUUUAUGAAAAUCUUAAAUUUAACAUCCGGAAAACUUUCCAGUAGAUUAUCACAAAAAGGGACCAAAGGACCACUUCAUUGCGUACCGUCAGAUGUACAAGAAACUGUAACAACAUUGCCUCGUCCACUUGAUAAAUCAAUGAUGGUAAGAUUGCAAUUGAAACGUAGAUUGAAAUACAAAGCAAUAUGGGAAGAGCAAUUAAUAAAUCCAACUGAUGUUAGAGAUGCGUUAUUAAUUUUGACAAAAAU